AUGUCGACCACUCUACUCUCCCUGCUUUUAAUACUUUCCAGAGCCGAUUUGUCCUCGCAAGAGGAAAUUGUGCCGCGCACCGUCUCCCCUUCCACAACGACCGAUUCCAGCCCCGAUUUAAGUCCCAAGCCGACGACGUUCGAUCUUUCAAAAAGGACCGAUCAUAUCCCCCCGAAUUUCUGCGGCUGGUAUUCGGGUUCAGGAUAUGAUAACAGAUGGACCUACAAUGAUCCCUCGGUAACAUGUUUCUGGAACAGCGAUGCCAAAUUCGUCGGUGAUCCGACUCAACCACAGACGGCUUGUAUAGGGAACGCUGAAUUGAGUACAUGGUCAUGUAGUGGCUCUGGCUGCUCUACGAGUGUCGCAAAGUGGUAUGUUAGCGCGUACAACAUAGGACUGAUCCUGAUCCUGAUCCUCCCCGAUAAUCCUAUUAACAUCACUUCUGCAAUCCAGCACCGGUACCCAACCAUACUGCGUGACAUUUUCCUACGGUUUAGAUUACCUGUCCUUCGUAUGCUCUGA